UUUUCACCUGAAACAGAAAAAAUUAAUUCUUUUUAAUAACAAAUUUUUACUCGUUUAAAAAAAAAUUAAAAGUAAUUUUCCAAAGUUUAUAAAAGAAUGCAGACUUUAAGAUGGUUUUUUCUACUCGUGGGAACAAUUGUACAAUUUACGGGAAACAAUUCAGAAGAACUGGAAGAAAAAGAAUGGUGGGAGACAGCUUUAGUUUAUCAAAUAUGGCCACGAGCUUUUCAAGAUAGUGAUGACGAUGGCGAGGGAGAUUUACAGGGAAUAAUCAAUCGUCUAGACUACAUAAAAGACUUGGGAGUGGAUGCAAUUUGGCUCAAUCCCAUAUACGAGUCUCCUUGGUUCGACUCAGGAUACGACAUUACGGAUCAUAAUAAAAUCCACCCGACACUUGGAGAUGAUGAAGAUAUAGAUUCAUUAAUAGAAGAAGCACACGAGAGAGAUCUAAAAGUAAUAUUAGACAUAGUACCAAAUUACUCCAGUAUAGAGCACCCUUGGUUUAAUUUGUCUCGAGCAGAAAUCGAACCCUAUGACGAUUUUUACAUUUGGGCUAAUGGAACAUUUGAUGAUUCUGGCGAAGGAAUUGAACCCAACAACUGGACCAGUAUUUACGAUGAAGAACGAAAUGGAUCAGCUUGGACUUGGGAUUCAAUUAGAGAACAAUGGUAUUACCAUAAAUUUCAUCAUCUCGAGCCAGAUCUGAACCUUCGCAAUGAGGACGUCGUGGAAAAAAUUCUGGAAACACUAGAUUUUUGGUUGGAAAAGGGCGUUGAUGGUUUUUUCUUUUCCACUGUAUCUUAUUAUUUCGAAGAUGAAGAUCUUGAUGACGAUGAUGAUGAUGACGACGAUGAAAAUGUAAAUGACAAUGCCGGACUUGAGGAUGGCAAAAAUGAAGCUGAUGAUGAUAAUAAUGAUAAUGAUGAAAAUAAUGAUGACGAUGAUAACAAUGACGAUAGUGAAGCAAGAACUAUAGAACUCUUACACAGAUUUUGGAGCCACGUGGAUAACUGGACCAAAGAAAACAACUCGACUGCAAAAUUAUUAAUUGUCAGCUCUGGCGAGGGCAAUGGCAGUUUAAUAUCAUAUUACGAUAAUGAAACAGAAACUGGUAUUGUGACCUAUAAUGAUCGUCUAAUUAGAGCAAUAAACAGCACAAGUGAUGCUGACGAUAUUAAAAAAGCAAUUGACGACUGGAUGGAUAUGCUUCCUGAAAAUUCAACCACCAAUUGGCCGCUAACGAAUCAUGACAAUUCAAGAACACCAAGUCGAAUGAAUGAGGAAAAUAUGGAUGGACUGGAAAUUUUAAGUUUACUUUUACCAGGUCAGGCAAUCACGUAUUAUGGAGAGGAGAUAUCAAUGAUUGAUACACAAGUAUCGUGGAACGAUACGAUUGAUCCGAUGGCUUGUGAAAAUCCCCAAGAGGAUUUUGAGAAUAAUUCACGGGAUCGAGCGCGAACUCCAAUGCAAUGGAAUUCAAGUCUUUCUGCUGGAUUUUCCUUGAGCAAUGAAACUUUUUUACCUGUAAAUCCUCUAUUCGAGGAAAUAAAUGUUGAGAACCAACUGAAAGAGCCAUUCAGUAGUAUUAACAUUUAUAAAAAAGUGGCACUUCUAAGAAAAGAAAGUCCAGUCUUUACACAUGGUGACUACGAAGUGGAGAGUCAGAAUGAAAAUAGAAUUUUGAUUCUCAAAAGAUUCUUGGAAGGUUAUCCAACUUACAUUGCUAUUAUUAAUUUGGAAUCAUUUAAUGAAACAAUAAACCUAACAGAACUUUAUCCAGAACUCGAGGACACUUUCGAUGUAGUAAUUUCUACUGAUCCUGACAUCGAUACGGCGGAAAUUGAGAGUGAAUUUGUCCUCUCGGGAAAUGAAGCGGUAGUCUUAAAGGGAAGAGCGGAUGUUAAUGAAUCUACGACUUCCGUAUUUGAAGAAAAAGAUGAUGAACUUUCUAACGAAGAUAAUAAAUCUCAGGAAGAUAUAAUUGAAAACAGUGAUCAGCACGUUAGGAAAUACGAAACAGGCGGCGCAACAAUUAUUUUUCCAAAACAAUUAACACUUUAUUGGAUUCUAUUUUUUAUAUUUCGUAACUUUUAAUUGACAUUAAUUGACAAAUGAAGAUUUGAGAUACUAUACAGCUGGACCACUUUGGA